AUGUCCUCCACGGCUGGGGAGAGCAUCCCUGUGGGUACUGGACAUAUCGCCUGUGAUCUGCAUUCAUCAGCUGUCGUAUUUUCAAAGCUCUCGUCAUCAUACCCGCUCAAGCUCUUAUCACCUAGAGUUUCAAAGCAUGGGGUCGCUAUAGUAUACAUGAUGAGCUAUGGCGGCGGCCUUGUUGGCGGGGACUGCGUUCACCUUGUUGUCGAGGUAGGAAGAGAAUGCAAGCUCAUGCUGCUCUCCCAGGGAUCCACCAAAGUCUUCAAGACACGUCCUGGCGAUAGAGCAUCCACGCGUUUGCGAAGAUCUUCUCCCCUACCAAGUAGUCUGCAGGCGGUCACGACUCAAUCCAUGGAAGUUACCAUAGCUCCUGACAGCGCGUUGUUCCUUCUCCCUGACCCAGUGACUUGCUUCCGUUCUGCAUCAUACACUCAAGUGCAAACAUUCCACCUUGCCGGGAGCGCGUCCAUUGUUUUGCUAGACUGGGUUACAUCGGGGCGCAAGUCUAUCGGAGAGGACUGGGAUUUCCUCCGAUACUACAGCGUCAACGAGGUCUUCGUAGAAGGCCGACGCGUCGCACGGGACGUUUUACUAUUAGAUAACUCGUCUCCUGAUACCCCAACUACGUCCUGCCCAUCGCAUCCUCACGACCCCCCACUUCGGACGCUCAAAGAUAGGCUUUCGCCCUAUUCAUGCUACGCCAUGAUGCUUCUUUAUGGGCCUCAGACACAUAGCGUCGUGACUGACUUGCAAACAAAGUACCGCACUAUUUCUGUUUUCAAGCGCACAGCCCCAGAGAAGUUCCUGUGGUCCCUGAGUCCUGUUGAUUAUGGAAAAGGCACAGUUAUAAGAGCUGCUGGGGUUGAUACAGAGGAUGUGAAGAACUGGUUUCGGGAGGCACUUAAGGGGCUGGAAGUUGUUGUUGGGAUAGACGAAUACCGUAAAGUGUUCCUUUGA